CCAAGGUUGAGGCAAAUGCCGCCUUGUAGCGCGCUGCCUCCGAAGGUGGGGCCGCGCCUGCGCACUGCGCCGGGCCUGCAGCCAUGUUCCGCGGUGGGAGUAGCGGUCGGCCCAGCCAUGUUCGGCGCGCAGCGGGGCAGUGCCGACGGCGGGGAGCCGGGCGGGCUGCGCAGUUCCGUGCAACAUCCACAGUGUUGGCAUCAAGAGCAGAAAUGUAGAAACUGGAAUGAUUCAGGUUCUUUGGUGUUUGACAAAUAUCAAUAUGGCCAUUUAGACCGCUGGCUGGAGAGCUCUGUAACACCAGGAGAUUCUAGGCCUCUUUCUAGUUGCCCCAGUUGGGAAGGUGGAAUUGAAGAGGGGAAAGCAAUGAGGACAUCAACUGAAAAAAUGACAAAUUGUGUUUCAAAUGAUUCUGCUACGCCAUCUGAAAGGGAAACAGAUGAAGUGGUUCUGAGGAGAAGACAGAAACAGAUCAAUUUUGGAAAGAACACGCUUGCUUAUGACAGAUAUAUUAAAGAAGUUCCAAAGAACCAACGAAUACCAGGAGUUCAUCCUAGAACACCAAACAAAUUUAAGAAAUACAGCCGGAGGUCCUGGGACCAGCAGAUCAGGCUGUGGAAGAUAGCACUGCAUGCCUGGGAUCCUCCUACUGAAGAAACCUGGGACCUGCAGCCAGUUAGUACAGAACCCUCAGGCAGUUCCCAAGAAUGGUUCUACAGAGAUCAUGAUGAUUCUGGCUCCACUAUAUUUGAUGAAAAGCAGAAUAGAAUUAAGUGCGAAGAUCAGUGCAGCCAGACAGACUAUGCAUCAGAGAGUCCGUGUUCUCCUGAUUCUUCACCAGUAUGGAAACGCAGAAAACGAAACAAUCCUGACUCCUCUGUGGUUUCAAAGGGCAAAAACCAUUAUGUGCAUAUGUACCAUGCACUGGAAAGUCUUACUGAAUCAGGACAUCAGGAAGUUUUUCCUAAGUCUUCAGACUGGCAAAAGUUUGGUGAAAAUGAUGAAUUAAUGACAGUACAACAUGGUAUAGAAAUAAAAAGUGACCCCAUUCCUGCCAGUUGUUCUUCAGGGUGGAACAACCAGAACAGCACCAGCAUCUUUCUGUCUGACAGCAAAGCUUGCAGGGAUUCAGACUGCAGGCUGGAGAGGCUUAAACUUUGUAGCAGUUUAUUCAAAGGACAUCAGGCGGAGUACCCUGAAAGGGGAUGGGGAAGUACUGAAGACAGAAUAUUGAGGAAAAAGAUUUAAAUACCAUGUCUGUCUUUGUAUAUAGAAGUAUCAAAGAAGGACUUUCUCCUGCGACAGAAAAUGAUUUGAAGAGUAGGAUAUAGUCUGAAAUCAGCAGAUCAAACCUUGGAAGACUGGUGCAGUCUCCUAAGCUCUGCACUGAAAGAGGAAGAGAUUUACAGUCAGCAUUUGUGCAGUCAACACAAGGUGAAACAUGCAGGUGAAAAUAAAAGAAGCAUGCUUCCCUAAUUGAAUUUGAGGGCCUUUCUGGCCAUGUGGGGUAGUCAGUUAAUACUUAACCCGCUUUGCAGUUACAUGUCCGUCAUGUUGAAAGUAUCUGCCUGGCUUUCAAAGGAGAAAAAUUAGAACACAUGAUAUGUCAGAAGUGUAUUAAUUAAAAGAAAUGUGCUUUGUGAAUAAAUAAUAGUAUUUAGAUGCAGAUAAUGGGGUGGAAAAGAGAGGCUCAGCUACUUCAUUUUCUCAUUUGCUAAUAAUUUAAAUAUGUAAUACUGUUUUACCAUAAGUUACAUUCUCAAAGUGUUAAUACUGUCUUUAGCACUUCCUUUACUGUGGGUAUUAUGUCUGUCUUUCACCCCAUGCUUUUAGAUCAGUGUGCAAUAUUCAGUUCCAUUUGUUACUUCUGUAACAUCACAGCUUAAGAGAGUAAAUAUUUUGUCGUUAAUGAGUAGAUACAUUGUAUUUAUAAAAUGCUGUUGUUUGUCUCUUUGUUUAGGCUGCUCCGGAUCUUUAAGGUUGGAGUUAAGGUCUCUAAUGGCUGUCUUCUGGAAGCUCUGCCUCAAGUGUAAAACCUGUGAUUUCAUUCCCAUUUUCCUAAGACGAUGAUGGAUGUUCCUUAAGCUUUUGUGAGAAUGUUUCUACUUUACCUGUGCUGACAGAUGAAGUGCAUCAUGUUGUAAAGGCUACUUUAGUUGAUGGGUCUUGCUGUUGCCAUUUGGAGAUCAUGCUGCUUAAAGCAAACUAACAUUUUGUUGGUGAAUUGGUCUGAUAACUGAGUCAGAGUGAAGAAUGCCACCUGCUGAAUCAAGGAGUUAAACCUUGUUUUCUCUACUGGACCAGAAUUGUAUAUCCAGCCUGGAGAACUGCUUCAAAAGAAUGUAGAUAAUUCCAGCUUUUUCUUCAGUUGCUAAAAGCAAACUGCUUUUAGCUUUUCGUGAUCAUCUUUUUGGCUUAUUUUCUAUUCUCUGAGGUAAUACAUAUUAAGCUAGCAGCUGCCUAACUGAGAAGGGGAAAAGGGAGAUUAUCAGAAUCAACACCUUCUCUUUGAGGGGAUAAGACUGUAUAAACAGCCAUGUCGUCUGAAUACGUGGAUUUCACUUCGAUGUGUGUUGCAGUGUGACCUGAAGAGCCAAUACUGCUGAAAGGAUAAGAUCAUGAGGUCAGUGGCUACUCUUGUUACAGGAAAUAAAGGAGAAGCAGCAGUAUUUGCAGUUCUGGAGCUGCUUGGGCAUGGGGUGUCCUGGCUAAACUGUGAUAAUGUUGACUCUCCCUUGUUUUACUUUUCUAAUGAUGUGCUCCAAACAUUAAAGUGAGGGCUGUGACUCCAGUGGAGUUUAGAUGAGAACUAUGUGUCAGGUAAUAUAUAUAUAUAUAUGUUUUUCUACAGACUUUGUAACUUAAGUAGCAUGUACUGGGAUACAUACAUCUGUUAGAGCUGUUAAUAAUUGUCUUUCUGCAGUGGUUCAGCUCUGCCAUUGUUAGUUGGCUCUUUGUAAGGCCACUGCAGGAACUGUGGCCUUGAUGAUGUGCAGUGGCCUUGUUGUGGGACUGGCAGUGUACCCUCAGGGCCAGACACCCAUUGUUCUGCUGGAGCAGUAAGCUGCUUGCUUGGAAACUACUUCCAGUCCCUUCCAAAGCAUUACUUUGAGUUGUUGCUUAGACUUCUUUCAAGUGAGUUUUGUAGAACUUCUGUGCUUGUCUGAGACUUUCAGAUACGCUUCUGAUUUGUCCAAGGCAUCAAGAAAACUUGACUGUAUACAGCAUUAUUGCAGUGAGCUGGAGCAUUAGCUUGCCUUCACCAAAGCCUAUCAAGUGCGUAGGAAUUUGCUACAGUGGUUAUUUAUAGCAUAGUUCCCAUCGAAUAAAAAACUGAAUACACAGGGGAAUGUGUGCUGCUGCUUUAACAGGAGUAUAUUAGGAUUGUUUGCAGCUUCUGCUCAGUAGUAAGAAUGUCCUUUUGGCUGUGUGCUUGCCCAAACAUAGGAAGAGGGUGAGGCCUCUGGUACCUAAAAGUCCAAUUAGUCAACCUGCCACCAUUGUGGGGUGGAAGGAAGGUGCCUGCAGGUUGGUGAGGGUUGUCCUCCAUGUUUCCUGCAGCUUCUGGGACUCAUCCAUCUGUGCUUAUGCAUAAGAUUCAGUGGAGUCCCAGUGUGAGGUAGCUCAGUCACAUAUCAUAGCAUGGCAUAUGUAUAAUGGAACAAAUCUGUGCAGCACCUUCUGAAGUACUGUUUAGAGUGGUGGUGUACCAGCGUGCAUGCUUCCAUGUGUUUUAUGAUGAUUGUAAAUAUGAGAAUGAUUUUUGUUUAUGGUAUAUUGUCUUUAUGCAGAGGAAUUAAAGUCUUCAACCUUUAAAAAUG